UCUUGGCAACGUAGCUCAACAUGAAUGUAUAAAUCUAUGGAACAAACAGGAUUUAUGUUUACACAGCCUACUGAUAUAUGGUGAUUGUGAUCAAUAUCACAGGCUCGAAAAUUAUACAUACGGGUCAUCCCCUGCCUUUGCUAUCAGAACACAUUUGACGCCCAAAAGUCCUUUUCCGGAUAGUUAA